AUGGAGGUGGAGGAGGAGGAAAGACGCUCUCCACACGAUCGUGGGGAUCCGUGUGUUCCCGAGAGCUUCUUUGAUCGCGUAACGCAAGGGUUACGCAACGAUCUCGAACAUGAGCGGGACAGUCGUCUCCAAAUGGCGGACACUGCCUUGAAGCAUCGAGCUGAGUUUGCCUUUGCUCAGCUUGAGAACGAGAGAGCUCUGACAUCUCUUCGUGACGAGCUAAGGGUAGCUCGUGGGAUUGUUGAUCGGUCUCGGGAUGAGAUAAAUGCUCUCCAGACCCUUGUCGAUGCCCAUCAUCGGGAGCACAAGGCUCUCUGCGAGAUGCUUGAGCGCAAGGGCGUUCUUUAUCGGAAGAAGCAGCGUACUGAUGGUACGGCUUAA